AUGACGCAGGCAAGAGAUGAUGCUGGCUUGGAUGCAGCCCACCAAAACCUGGCUUCGAAGAUGUUCUGUUUUUGCUGCAAAGACUGUGAGGAGCCUGAUGGUAUAGAUGACUCCAGGACCCCCAGUCAAAGCCAAGAGUUUCAGCCAUCGAAGCAUGGUUUGCAGAAGGAUGAACUUGAUGGACAAAAUCCCAAGCACGGUGAUACAGUGUCCCGCAAAACUCUGGGACAACCCCUGAUCGAGCCAGGAAAGAGAGCCUCGUAUAACGGCGGCAGUGAGUUUGAAGAUGUGAAUUCACAUGUUUCCAAAAGAGGCUUUUACAAGAGAAACCUAAACCGCUACUCCCAGGGUCACUGGCCAUACCAGCCAUGCCUCAUUGGGAGACCCUGA